CCCGCCCUCCCCGUGGACCUCCGCCGCCGCCGAACUGCGGCUCCAGGUAGGCUUUGACCAAGGGAAGAUGGAACUCCUUGCGCGUGAGCUGCUGUGACGCAUUGACUAAACUGUGCAUCUACUGCGUCUUGAGUGAAAUCAUGGCUCGAAAAGGAAGUCAAAGUAAAAGUGGUACGAAUCACGCUUCACCUAACCGACAAAAUACAACUAAUGGUGACAUACUAAAUACACCAGAAAGAGAUGCAGUGCACAGCGAAGAUCCAAGUUCACAUCUUCAAGGUAAACCAGAUGGUUCUGGAGGGAACAGUGGCCAGAAAACAAGAACCAACAACAAGAAUAACAGAAGCAAUGACUCCUCCUUGGGUAAAUCUGAUGACAUAGCUUCAUGUAAACAGCAACCAGUGGAUACCAGUACUGAUACGAAAAAUCCAGAAGAACGUGAGCUACCUUUCAACACUACAAAAUUAAGAAGAGACAGCAAGAAAUCCUCAAGGCGUGGCUUUGGUAAAAAAACAUCAGUAGAACAGACUCCAUUGCGUAUUUUGACAGAACAAGUCAAGGAGAAGACCAGGCAGGUUGCUUCCAUGGCUGCAUCCUUUUUCAGAGCCUCGAUGAUGUACGUGAUGGAAGAAAGCAAAGUAUUGAUUGAGAGAAAUAGGCCAGCUAUCACUGCUUUCAUGGCUAUGACAGAGAAAGGGCGUACCUAUGUCCUUAGCAAAACUGAGUAUGUUUAUCCUAUUGUUCGGGCCUGGAUGUUUAGUGCUGGAAAGUUGAUGUUGCUCUUAUUGACUGUUUGGUUAGACUGCAACAUAAGGGGCUUCGAUUCUUUGCUACGUCUGGGGACAAACUCUCUUCUUGCUGUGCUUUGGUGCAGCAUGUUGUCAAUUUUUGCAAUGAUUGGGAUAACGAAAACGGUCAUGUUCAUGGUGAUUGCUGCUUCUGUGGCUGCCUUUGUUGGUCUUGGUUUUGCUGUCCUGAUUGUUGCUGUGCUUGCGGUGGUGAUUUUGUGGUUGUAUGGAAGCUUUUGGAUAACAAGCACCGUAAUAAUUGUUGGAGGUGCUUCCUUUUUGUUGAAGCAUGAACGAUUUGCUCUCUUUGUGACCUGCCUAUAUUCAAUGUAUUGUGCAAGAAGCUACAUUGGAUGGCUUGGUUUACUUUUGAGCUUGAACUUGUCUUUUUUUUCAAGUGACGUUCUAGUCCAGUUCCUGAAGAAAAAUGUGGACAGUGAAAAAUUUAAUGAUUCUUCAAGGAAUUCUGAGCAAAAUUCAGACAGAUCAGGCAACUUCUUUGGCGGAUUUCAACAAUCAUCAAAAGAUAGCACCUCACAGUCUGGAUAUGGCCAAUCAUCUGAUCGCGGCCCAGGUGAUCCGUCGACAAGCGGGGCUGAGAAAGAGUUAACCUCUGAAGAUGAAGUGGCACGUCUAUUGAACUGUACUGAUCACUAUUCAGCAUUUGGAUUCCGUCCGUAUGAAGUGAUAGAUGUGUCAUUACUCAAGAGAGAAUACAAGAAAAAGGCUAUGUUAGUCCAUCCUGAUAAGAACAUGGGCAAUGAUAAAGCUGCUGAUGCAUUUAAAAAGCUUCAAAACGCAUACGAGGUCCUUCUUGAUUCUUUGAAAAGGAAGACAUAUGACGAUGAGUUAAGGAGAGAGGAGCUAUUAAACUACUUCAGGCGGUUUCAGGGUGCUUCUCAAAAGAAAGGAGGAUAUGGUACGUUCUAUCAAGGGUUUAGCCCUUCUGAAGGUGUUGAUGAAGGACCUUCUGGUCUAUCAAGAAGAAUAGCCUGCAAGAAAUGCGGUGAUUUCCAUCUGUGGAUUUAUACAGGAAGACCCAAGUUGCAGGGCAGAUGGUGUCAGGAUUGCAAAGAGUUUCAUCAAGCUAAAGAUGGCGAUGGAUGGGUUGAACAGUCAUUUCAACCUGUUCUGUUUGGGAUGCUGCACAAGCCCGAUUCGCCUCAUGCAUUUGUCUGUGCUGAAAGCAACAUUUUCGAUGUCACCGAGUGGUUCAGCUGUCAGGGAAUGAGAUGCCCAGCGAACACCCACAAGCCGAGCUUCCAUGUUAACGCGAGCUUGGCAAAGCAAGGUAGUGGCAAAGGGAGCACCUCAGGUCCGAGGGGUGGAGGGUUCCCAAACGGCGCAAACAUGGAUGGAGUGAUCGAUGAGGAGUUCUUUGAGUGGCUGCAGAAUGCUAUGCAGUCUGGUGCGUUUGAAAAUUCCGGUGACCCUCCAUCUCCGGGCAGUGGAAAUAAUGCAAAGAGUAGUAGUGGUGGUGGUGGUGGUGGCGGUAACAGUAACAAGAAAAAGAGGAAGGGAAAGAAGCAAUGGUAACUGAAGGAGGUUAAUGAUGGUCACUAUUCUGGACAGGGAGAAGAUAAAUAAACGAUUUUGAGUAUAUCCACGCAAGACAACGGCCAACAUGGUUUUUCCUGGAUGCAGACUGGCUAGCUAGGUUUGGUAAGAGAGUGUGAACCAUCCUGAUUCAACUGGGUAAGAUUUCAAAAUUUCGAGAAUCGAAAUUCAGACAAAAAAGAGCAUGUAUGUGUUGGGAAUGCUGGUGGAUAUGUGACUUUCUUACCAACUUGUUGAAGCCCAAAAAGGCUAUCCUAAGUGCAAGAAAUAUAUCAUUAUCUGCAAA